AUGAGCACUCUUAGGGUAUUCUCAACGAAGAAAUCUCCCCCUACCUUUGAUAUACAAUUGGAUGGCAACCAUUGGUCAACCGUGUUCGCUUCCAGUAAAGAUUUGAUUUAUGUAGAAGCCAUAUAUGUUGCAAAGAAGGAUACCAUAAGUGUGUGCUUAGCCCAGACACAGCCCAAUCAGCUUCCUUUCAUAUCAUCACUUGAGGUGAGGAAUUUGGAUUCUUCAAUGUAUAAACAGGUCGACUCCAACUAUGCUUUGUUCUUAACAAGAAGGGCUGCUUUUGGUACAAAUAAAACCAUAAGGUACCCAGAUGACGUAUAUGAUCGAAUAUGGGUUGGAGCAACAGGAAGAGGCAAUGGAGUAGUUGAUGUUACAAGUGACAUCCUGAUUAUCGACACUGCUUUGUGCCUAGACUUCCCUCCAACUACUGUGCUACGAAAUGCAUUAACUACAGAGAAUAUACCCAUUCUCUUCUUAGGAACUCAUCUUCCAAUAACCCCAGUCCCAUUCUAUAUUAACAUGUAUUUCUUAGAAUUAUAUUCUCUAGAUUAUAACACCCAGCUACGAUCCUUCACCAUCGACAUGGAUUCUUCACCCAUCAACCCUAAACCCAUAUUUCCAUACUAUGGAGCUGGUACUGAGAUUUACAUCGUCAAUGGCACUGCUUCCUCCAAUGAUACAUUUGCUUUGGUCUCCACCAAUAAUUCCACACUUCCUCCAUUGAUAAAUGCCAUGGAAGUCUUUAUAGUUAGUGGUCCACUCACAGAUGGAACCAACAGUGAUGAUGUGCAACAAUUGAGUUUAUUACAAACCCAAUUCUCUGUGCUAGCAGAAUGGAGUGGCGAUCCUUGCCUUCCAGCACCUUAUACCUGGGAAUGGGUUGCUUGCACCUCUGAUGCUAUGCCUCGCAUUACAGCACUGCUUCUUAGUGGCUUUGGUCUCUCUGGAACACUUCCGGAUUUUAGCUCCAUGGUUGCUCUUCAAACCAUAGAUUUGCACAACAACAGCUUAACAGGAGAAAUUCCUUCUUUCCUAGGCGAUCUCCCCUACCUUAAAGAGCUGAACCUGGCGGAUAAUGAAUUAAGUGGAACCGUACCAAUCUCACUUUCCAAAAAGAAGUUCAAAUUAGAUGUUUCGGGCAACCAGAAAUUGUGCGCCUCAUGUGUGGGUUCAGGGCCUUCGAGCUCUCCAUCUACAAGCAGUAGCGGCAAGAAAGGGAGCAAUUUAGCAAUAAUUUUAGGAGUCACAAUCCCUGCUUUCAUUGUCUUGUUGGUGAUCGUGGCACUUGUGGCUGUCACAUACCACAGGCGAAAAACUGCAGCCAUUACAUCCAUGGAUGCAGGUUAG